AUGUCAUCCAUCGUUAUUGCUGGAUUGGUCGAGUUUUCACUUACGGAAGGGAUAUAUAUCAGCAUCACAGCCUUUUUUCCUCAAACUCCUUGCACGAUGUCUAAGACCAAAGAUUUGAUUCAACUCGAACAAGAAUUUAGCGCUCAUAACUAUCACCCACUCCCCGUCGUGUUCGCUCGAGGCAAGGGAGUGCAUGUAUGGGAUCCAGAAGGCAACAAGUACAUGGAUUUUUUGUCUGCGUACAGCGCAGUCAAUCAAGGACAUUGUCACCCAAAAAUCGUCGAUGCUUUGUGCGAGCAAGCGAAAAAGCUCACGCUUAGCUCGAGGGCGUUCCACAAUGACGUCUUCGGAAAGUAUGCUAAAUACGUGACCAAGCUUUUUGGAUACCACAUGGUCUUGCCAAUGAACACAGGGGCCGAGGCAGUGGAGACGGCCGUCAAACUCGCCCGCAAGUGGGGCUAUAUGCGAAAAGGUAUUCCGGAGGAUCAGGCCAUAGUUCUUGCUUGCGCGAAUAAUUUCCACGGUAGAACAACAGGUGCGAUUUCUAUGUCGACUGAUCCGGACUGUCGGAGAGAUUUUGGGCCAUUCCUACCGAAUGUCGGACCGGUAUGUCCGUCAGGGAAAGUUAUCAACUAUAAUAGCGUAGACGACUUGAAGGAGGCGCUCGAGUUGCAUGGCAAACAUGUUGCAGGCUUCCUCGUGGAGCCUAUUCAAGGAGAGGCUGGUAUAUAUGUACCCGACAAAGGUUACCUCUCCAAGUGUUACGAAUUAUGCCAGAAGCAUAAUGUACUCUUUAUCGCCGAUGAAAUCCAGACUGGUCUAGCGCGCACUGGGAAAAUGCUGUGCGUCGAUCACGAAAAUGUACGACCAGAUAUUCUCAUACUCGGGAAAGCCCUAACUGGGGGUGUAUAUCCCGUUUCCGCAGUCCUGGCAGAUAAGGACAUUAUGCUUUGUAUCCGUCCAGGGGAACAUGGCUCAACGUAUGGAGGCAAUCCUCUCGGGUGCGCAGUCGCAAUAGCAGCUCUCGAAGUGAUUAAAGAAGAAAAGUUGGUAGAGAAAGCCGAGCGACUGGGGAAUAUAUUCCGAGAAGCUCUCUGUAAAAUUAAUUCGCCGCUUUUGCAGGCAGUUCGCGGUCUUGGGCUCCUCAAUGCUAUUGUCAUUGACGAAAAGAAGACUGGCAAGACCGCAAUGCAGCUUUGUUUGCUGCUUAAAACACGCGGGCUUUUGGCCAAGCCCACUCAUGUCAAUAUUAUUCGCCUCGCCCCUCCGUUAUGUAUUACGGAGGAAGAAUUGCUUCUUGGCGUGGCCACGAUCGAGCAGGCUUUGAAAGACAUCGUUGAUAUGAAGGACGAAGACAUCCCGGGAUAUAAAGCAGUGUGA